UUCUUCUUAACGAGGGCAUGCACUGAUCGCUAAGUUAUUCACUUGAUAUAUUAUUGGCUCAGUUCAGUUCGAGCGAUCAAUGGCACUUCGUCUUUUGUUGGCACCUUAUCUUACGAAGCUUUCCUCUCCGACGGCUAAUGGUCGAGUCCAUAGUUCAAUGAGCAGGCAGGUCUUUGAUAAUCAAGGAGGACGGAGAUCGGCCAAUUAUCAGCCAACUGUCUGGACUUACAAUUACCUUCAGUCUCUUGUGGCCGAUGAAGGUGGUCAAUCUCGUCCAGCGGAGAAGCUACAGAGAGAAAAGGCACAAAUGGUGGAAGAAGAAGUCAGGGGUGCUCUCCAUGACGAAAAUGCUGAGCCCAUUACCAUAUUUGCUCUGGUUGAUGACAUUCGACGCUUAGGAUUGGGACAACACUUUGAGGAAGACAUUUUGCGAGCACUUCACAGAUGUCUAUCUCCGGAUGUGGUCAAUAAGAGCCUACAAAAGUCUCUGCAUGGCACAGCACUCAGCUUUAGGAUUCUUAGACAGCAUGGCUUUCAUGUUUCUCAAGAUGUGUUUAAGAUUUUCAUGGACGAAAGCGGCAAUAUUCUGAAGACCCUAGGGAAUGAUGUCCAAGGUAUGCUGAGCUUACACGAAGCCUGCAAUUUGGCCAUCGAAGAAGAAGACAUCUUGCACGAGGCUAAGACAUUCGCCAUUGGGCAUCUCAAAAACCUUGAUCACGACAUCAACAAAGAUCUUCAAGGCGAAGUGAACCAUGAAUUGGAAUUGUCUCUGCACCGUAGAACGUCGUUGUUAGAAGCUCGACGGUUCAUCGAAGCUUAUAGCAGACGUAGAUACACGAGUCAUCGAAUCCUCACAUUUUCCGCGAUGAACUUCAACACAUUGCAAUCAAUCCUCCAAGGAGAUCUCCAGGAAAUGUCAAGAUGGUGGAAUAAUGUUGGCCUCGCAAACAAGUUGAACUUCGCGAGGGAUAGACUAACGGAGUGCUUCUUUUUAGCGGUCGCAGUGGCAGACGAGCCUCCACUCAGUAAUUGUCGGAAAGGGCUGACCAAAGUGAACACGCUAAUCGUCAUCCUCGACGAUGUGUACGAUAUUUAUGGCACAUUGGACGAACUGGAGCUAUUCACAGACGCUGUUCGCAGAUGGGACAUUAAAGCUGUGGAAGAUCUUCCUGACUAUAUGAAGUUGUGCUUCUUAGCUCUCUACAACAACGUGAACGAAAUGGCUUACGACACUCUCAAGGAGACUGGGAAAAAUGCCAUCCCGUAUCUGACAAAAGCGUGGUAUGAUUUGUGCAAAGCCUUCUUGCAAGAAGCAAAAUGGAGUAACAACAAGAUCACCCCAAGAGUUGAAGAGUACUUGAACAAUGGGUGGAUAUCAUCAUCAGGGCACGUCAUAUUGACUCAUGCCUACUUUUUAUCAAGCCCAAGCAUGAGAAAGGAGGAACUUGAAUCACUAGAACAUCACCAUGACCUCUUGCGGUUGCCGUCCACGAUUUUACGUCUUACCAAUGAUCUUGCUACCUCAUCGGCUGAGCUCGAGAGAGGAGAGAUGACGAAUUCAAUCCGGUGUUACAUGCAAGAGAUGGGGGUCUCCAAGUCAGAGGCUCGCAAAUACGUUAUAAAACUGAUUGACACAGUGUGGAUGAAAAUGAACAAAUAUCUACUCGAUGACUCGCCCUUCAAUCAAUCUUUUGUGCGGAUGGCCUUCAACCUUGCGCGGAUGGCGCACUGUGUGUACCACGAUGGAGAUGCAAUUGGGUCUCCUGACAAUCAAUCGAGGAGCCGUGUGCACUCAUUGAUAAUCGAUCCAAUUUCUCUCUAGCCAUAUUUGGAUGGCGGGAUUUUGGCGUAAAUUAUUUUGCAUAAAAUCAUUUCCUCCCUUCAGUGAAGGAAAUGACACGUAUGUACACUAUAGCAUAUGAAAAAAUAACUGGGUGGGACUGGAUGUAUCUGCUUUCGUUCAUUUGAACCGUCGAGUCCGGUGAAUCCAUAAAAUAUAGUAGGUGGAUCCCACGAGACUAAAUGAUCCGGAGGCACUAUAUGUAAGGAUUACUCUAUUGUCAGUUAUGAAUUUUAUUUAAU